CGCGAGCGCGCAUUGAGAUAGGCCUGUGUCUCGAUAUCCUGUGUUUCAGCCUACGUCACUCGUUUUACAUCUCCGACAGUUUCCCGCUCAGAUACAGACACAAACAUAUUACACAUGGUCAUGCCCGUGCGAUAUCUCUAGAUAGGCGAAUUUUCUGAUGUCUUUUCGAGUUCUCCGAUCCGUGGUUCACAAUUCUAUCGACAGUACGUCUUCCUGGCGUUGUACGGGAGAGCGCGCGGUGUGCCUUCAACUGUGGGUGCUGCCGUCGAUAUAUGCCGUACAUCUCACACCUGAAGAGGCAGUGUUGUUUUUCAUAUUCCUCCCUGCCUGCAGACACAUUCUUCACCGUUUUUCUAUGAGCGAGCUUCCUCUUCCGACUGUCACCAAUCAUCCGCGACUCCCGUGUCCUGUGGCCGCGUGGUGAGUGUAGGCGGCCCACUGUCCUGCCUGAAGUCGACGCACGGAGUUUAGAGUUGUCACCCGGUAGAAAUUCUUGCCUUUCGUUAUUUUUUGUCAAGCAGAGGCAAAUUUUUCGUUCGCAGUCUCCGUUUUCCUGGAGCGCCCAGGAUUCGCGGAGAAACAGGUGUCUGGUGUCCCCCAUUCCCUUGUCUAGCUGUUCAAUCGGGACCGGCGUGUCGUGGUUCGGAGGCGAACGGCGUACACACGAAUACACGGGAGUACAUUCUACGAGGAAAACGCUCAAGCAAUCCGCUCAUGCGCGUGCUUCCGAGAAGUGGCGUGCACGAGCGUCCUGGCUAACAUCGGCUUCGACACGGGAGGGGGCGAGUGACCGCACUCGAUUUGUUUGAGGUGCAUUGUGCAUCUCACGGAAAUUCCGCGUCGUCGCCCAUUCCCACUUGCACCCGAGUUUUUCGUCAAGUGUAUCGCCUACUGUUUUUCUUCCAUUUCGCUGACACUCCAUUUUCCAGGCAAAAACUGUGCUUCCGGAACUUCCUGAACGCAAUUCUUCGUCGUCUCGCGCGCGUGCCCGACUCUGCUCAGUAUGUGAAGAGCGACAAGCCCCGCCGUUCCUGUACAUUUUUAUUUUAUCGCGUCGACACCCAACUUCCUUUUCUUUCUGUGUCACUGCGUACCAGUCCGCCUUUUCUGAGCACCUCGUCCAUACUUUCCCCGGCCCGUUCUGCACGCGGAAGUGGCUCCUUCGCGUCGAAGCGUUCUCACGUUUUUUCGAGUCAGUUUUUCCUCCAGGUGGAAAACCACCGCUCUCGCGAAGACAAAACCUUUCCCCUGGUGCGAAGAAUUCCUCCUCAGACCCGUCAAAAAGUGUCGCCGAUGUCUGUCUUUUGGGUUCGGAAAAAUGUCCUUCCCCAGUAAGCAGCCGCUCUGCGGCGGCGACCCUCUAGCCUCAGCUGUCGUGUCGCAGGCGAAAGACAUGUCGCUUCUGGGCCUUCCGUCGUCUAGCAUUUCCAACGUGGUGACUCGAGGAAACAGUCUUUCCUUUAGCUCCAGUGCCGACGAGAUGGCUUCCUCUGUGAGCGACAAGUGUCGGACCGCGAGUAUCGUCUCCGACAUUUCCACUGCACCAGCGACUUCACGUGCGCCGUCGCGUAUGCCCUCGAUUAGCUCGGCUUGCAACGCGACUUUGUCCGGUCUGGUGGCUCCCAAAAGCGACGCUUCUUCUCCAGCGGAUUCACAUGAUGGCGACAAGGCAAAAGACGCAGCCCUUCUAACUGGUCAACUCGGCGAACUUCCAGUCCACAGCGGCGCUCCCUCGAGUGGAGGUGACCUCGUUGGGCAGAGCGACGAGAUUCGGCACUGCCAAGAGUUCCCUGCACACGUUUCCCUGGAAAAAACAGAAGCCGAAGUUCCAAGCGACUCCGUCAGCAACGCCUUCAGAAAAACCUGCGGGUCUGCUCCUCCAGGAUUCAAAGGGCUGGAGUCGCCGAUGAGUUGCCGGGCGUCUUCCCUCUCUACCACCACGCCGGAGUGCUGCGGUCCCGAGGUGGGUUUCGGCACCCAGGACGAAGGUUCUUGCUUCUUCUCCAACGACCCAGUCUGUAGUCAAAGAGCCAUUCCUCUCGCGGGAAACGCUGAACCUUUGGUCGGCCUUGUGAAGGAAGCUGCCGCUCGUGGCACGAGCGCCGUUUCCGGAAGUGGUUCAGAGCAGCUGUCUUCGGCCGCAGUACAGACACUUCAGACCGAGGGUGCUGAGAACCUCCCGCAGGUGCAUGCCAACAGACGAUCGACUUCUGGUGGCUCCGAGGCCGACAGUAGUUUGGAAAUGAUGCUGAUGAUGCUCACUCCUCUCGUCGCGCCAGCGUCGAAAGGCGGUGUGCACUCGCGCCAGGAAAGGAGUUCUAGUCCCGAAGUUCGUGAACGCAGUGCCAGCCUGCCCGCUGGCGCCGAAGGCUCUGCCCUGGUCGCGAAGGCUGUCGUGGCUACUCCAUUUUCCACGCAGACUCUCGAGACGUCUUCAAGAAGCGCUGAAGUUCAGCCUGAAGGAAGCAACUUUGCCACCCCUCUAAAUCGACCGAAUUGGUUCCCUGUUUCUAUUGCGGACACAAGUGCCAGUGCUGACGGGGACCGUGCGGCGAGUGCACCCGGAAGAGCAGCGGACGGAAACUCCGCAGGUCUCUGUGACUCCAGAAGGACGACGGAAACGUAUGUGGUGGACAGCCUGUCGUCGAGCGAUUCGAACGAAGAGAGGCACCGCGCAGGAGUCGCGUCGCUCGGACAAGUAUCGGGCGGCUCCGCGUCUCUGCUGUUGCCGUCGAACGGACCGCAGGCCGGAACUGUGCCCGCCGAGCUCAUGUCUGUACACUCGGAGGUGGCGGACGUGGAGAAGGUGACCGGCCUCAGCCCGCUCCGCCAGGCCCGCGGCGAGUGGACGAGGAAGGAAAGUAUGGCGUCCAGUGAGCAAUCCGCGGCUGCACCUGCAGGCCAGUGGUCAGAUGCUGUGUCCUUACCACAGCAAGCGUCCCUUAUUGCGGGACGUUCGAGCGUGUCUUUGUCUGUGGCUGGCUUGACUGCAUCCGGCUCUCCCGCCGCCCCGUCGUCUCUGUCCUCGUCGCCCGAGUUACCCGAAGUGGCUUCUCCGCCUUUCUCCAAUGCUUCGCUCCGCUCUCCCGGCGCUGCUCUCCCGCCGCCGGUGCCUCCGGACCUCGCCGCUGUUGAGCUGCCGGCUGCACCCGUCUCUGACGCGCUGUUUGAGGAGGCCGCGUCUGCGGAGACGAGAGGUUCAGUCGCGAUUCCCCACCAACUCCUGGUCGACCUGCAGCUGCUGCUUCUGCUACUUUUCGAGCACGCCUGUCAGCUCCUGCCCCCUCUGAAGCGCCAAGACGAAGGCCAAUUCUACGCGUGGCAUGUCCAGCGUCUGGCGGCGAAGGCUCAGGCGACUCUCUUCCACUACGCGGACCUCAUGGCUCCGCUGUGCACGUCGAGUUUGUUUUCUCAAUGCCACAAAAAAGCUGAGGGGCCCUCUGCUGCGUCCGCGUCGGACGCCGCAGACUCCGCGCAACAGGCCCCCAUGCAGACCGAGGACGACGGAGGCUUCCCGCACGAGACCGCCGCUGCAGCGCUGGAGGUUCUAGAGCUCUGCGCCCAAGGUCGGGGAAACGAGAAGAGCGCCGGGUGGUCUCUUCUCGCACUUCUGCUUCUGCAGGGUUUGCCGCCGAACGCGUCGAUCUUCCUCUCGGUCAGCAAGUGCCCCGUCGGGCGCUUUCUGAAAGUGGUAGGCUCUCUGGAACGGGCGUACAGCCUCUACAAAAUGGUUCAAGGCAACGGCGGGGAGCGACGGGUGUCUACCGGCGGUGAACAGGUUGUCUCGGGGGGCGACUCGUUCCUCGGACCUCUGGCCGGCCUCGACAGCGACGGGGUUUUCCAGGCGGGAGGCGCAGGCGCACUGAGUACGAAGGCCGCUUCGGCCUGUAGCUCGCGACUUGUGUCCGCGCAGGGAUUAUCCGGAGGCAAACAGAAUGACCCGCAUGAGCCAAGUCACGCGACCCUCUCGCCAUCGAGUGGGUCCGUCUCUGGACAGAGAUUCGGCGUCUCGGAAGCCGCCUCCCUCACGGGUGUAUCUCCUUUCGAUCUCGAGGAGGGUGCGCUCCUCUCCUCGCAAAGGCGGACCGGAAACGGCGAAUCCGCGGCAGAUUCCGCAGUGACCCAGAACGCAGCCAGGACGUAUUUCUCUCCGCAGCGGGUGAAACCUGAGAAAAAGGUGGAAGCUCAGACGGAAGGCGACGCGGCACCAGCCGUCACCUUCGACCAGGGGCCUCGCGGGGCGCCAACCGAAAGAGAGACAGGAGCAGCUGGCGGAGAGGAAGCUCUCGCGACUCUCUUGGAGCGACAGCCUCUUCUGCAGUCGGAUUUCGCUUCGGAGCUCUUCCCAGGGGCCGUGGCCGUGAAAGGUGCAAAUCACAAAGAGGACUUUUACUCGAACGCGUCUUCGUGGCAAGCGGCGCUGGCGUCAGCCUUCUCCUCGCCGCUGUGCCACCAAGAUAGCGCGAACCAGCUCGCGAGGAGUGGCUUUCCUCUGCCGCCCGCUGAUGCGUGCGCUCCGGGGUGCGGAGUGGCGGAAUCGACUGGUGCCGACCGCUGCUGUCGAGAUCCUGCACAGACUCAAGAGUUAGCAGGGAGUUGCCUGCCGCUCUUCGGCCACUCGCGCGGGAGCAAGCGGGGCCAGAAAGAUCUGAGUGUGCCUGCAGACGCUGUCCACUUUGGGACUGCGCCGCCGGCGCUCGUGCAGCCCGCGAAGAAGGGCGCCUUGGGCUCCGGCUCUGGGUCGCGCAAGAGUCAGAAGAAACUGGGCUCGGCGAGUACCGGCUCAGCUGCGUCUCCCGCCUCGUCGCUGCAGGGGACCCAGGAGGGGCGUUCGUGCGCCGGUGGGGUUAACGCAGGAGUCUAUUCUUUCGACAGCUCUCUCUCAGACGUGUCCUCUCGUCUUUCCCCUUGUGGUGACUUGUACCUCUCUGCGAGUGUGAACAAGCGGCGGCACCCGAGCGUCCAGGCGGAGAUUCUGAAGAACUGUUGCACCGAGACUUUGGCUGAACGUGGGACGCGCCUGCUGGAUGAAGUGUUGCAGAAGCUCCAGAACGGCGGACUUCAGGCUUCGCAGCCCUCGGGGUCCGCGAAGGAGGAGCGAGUGGCUGUCUCUGGUGGGGACGGCGAUCGCCACAUGAGCGAAAGCAGUCGAUCCAGCAGCCAGGACGACGAAACCAACGCGAGCAGUCGCAGGAGCCGCAGAAGCGCGAGCGAUCUGGCGCCCUUGGCUGCAUGCGUGCAGACCCGAGGGAGUGACAUCUUCAGCGGCGACGGAACAGGCUGGUGGGGCUCCGAGAGCGCGCUUCGCGAGCCUCCCGCCAAGUGCCGAAGGACCGUCGGGAGCGCGCGUGCGGCUGCGGAUACGCCAGGCAACGCGGUCAAUGGAAGCUGCGAAGAACAGCUCUUGACGCUCCUGCGAAAUGCAACUCCCACCUGUACCAAGGGCGACUUGUCGCUCGGGCUCGGCGUCCUGUCUCCAGGGAAGGGCGAGUUCUUGGCGAGUGCGUCUGACGACAGCAGACUCGGCGGCGCUUCUGCGGUGUCCGAGUUGAUAAAAAAGACGGCAUUGGGAAGCAAGGCUGGCGGAGACUUGGAGUUUCAGCAAUCCACCGUAGCAAAGGCGCAGGGAGCAACUCGCUUGGAGUGCAAGAAGGCUGGACAGUUCGCAGGGCCCCUCGCCGGAGAGCAACGGGUGCUUUUGGCUCUGAACCAGGCGGGCGGUGCCUCGAAGGCCUUCGCGCCUGAGAGCCUGGAAGCUGCUGCGACCGCCGGGGAGGGAAGAAAGAAGAGGGGAGCAGCUUCGAAUUCGGCGGGUCCUGCGCAUGCAGCACCCAACGGAAAAGCCGGCACCCAGCUCCCGGGCCUGCUGCUCGAUCGCGGCGCAUCCGGCGCGUUCGGUAAUUCCGCUGGAGCAAUCAAGUCCGAAAACGGACGAACAACAAACAGGUUACCUGUGGGCGCUAGAGUCGAAGCUGCAAGCAACACAGCCGCCGCCAUCGCAGCUGCAGGACAAGAUGAAACCAUGCGCGGGGUGUUCUUCAACCGCUCUCUCAAUCGCUGGGUCUGCACCUGGUCACGAAACGGCAAGGAGUAUCAGCGCAGCUGGUCAGCUGGCAAGUACGGCUACGAGGCAGCACGGCAGCUUGCUCGCCAGUGCAGACUUGAGAAGUUGUUGAGUGGCGAGGCGCAUACGCUUCAAAAGGGGAUGGCGGCAGUUUUCAAGGCUCCCGUCGGAGCUGCUGCGUUCCCUGCGAGUGGCCUGGUGGUUUCAGGCCCUCAGUCUCCGCCGAAGGAGACUGGGCGCCAAACCCCGCAGCCAGCCAAGUUCCCAGACAGCGCCUCUCAGGCGGCGCCAACCGAGCGCGUCGAAGGUCGGCCCCACCUGCAGCGGCUGCCGCAAGAGAGCGUGCAGGAAAAGGAGCUGAGUGGCUCCGGAGGCGCGGAGCGGGGAAGCGCGACUGUCGAGACUUUCGAGAGCAGUCCAGAGCAGAGCGCGAGUCAAAACAGCGAUGUUCUCUCGCUGGACCGCUGCUGUCGACUGCUUCUCGAGCAAGAGCUGGCAGUGGCGCUCGGCGAUGUCCAUGCGCUUUGCGCAGAAGCCAGUGUGGCGAAGGGGAACGAAGAGCGGAAGGUCAAGAAAGUCCGCGAUCGGGGCGACGAGGGCCUUCUUUCGCUGAUGGCCAUGCAGCCUGAGGGGGGGAUUGUCGCCAGGAAGAACAGUCCAGGGAAGAAGUCUGCACCGACCGCGGCGGCGGGCGGCAACCGCGACUUUGGGCAAAUGGUCAUGCUCAUGAACGCAUGCGUCGAGCGCGAUCACCCGUGCUUCGAGGUGUCGAGUGGAAGCAGCAGCAGCAACAGCUUUCCAGCUGGUGGAGCCGGAGACUUCACCUUUGCGGGGAACUCUGGGACGCAGGCUGAGCAAGUCUGCUUUCACGACUUGACCUAGAAAAGAAGUUUCGCAAUUUUUCGCGAAUGCAGGGAUCUACAACCAAGUGCCGGGGAAUGCCGAACGUUAGUUCUCGUUUUCGGAAAUUCGCUGGACCGAAAUGGAGCUGGAAAGCAGACCAGGUCGUGUUGCGACGUUUUCGAUUGGAUACUUUUGUGUCGGAAGCAGAAGAAUCCAAAUAGACACCACCUGUGUCGCCGACUUACAAACCGUCCACCUCGUUGAUUUCUGAGGCGCGCUGGGCUGCGAAGGACGCCACUGUGUGACAUGGCGCGUACCCGUUUUCUCGUUCCGACCAAAGAUCUCACUGUGCCGUUUCGCGUUCAGAGCUCUCCGUACAGUCAUGUUUGCCAGUGAAACGCAUGUCCACAGUUUCGAACGACGGGGUCGGGAGCGGCACGAUGCGCUUUCGCCGUUUCCUCGCUAUACUGUGCAAUUGUGGAAGGUCUCCAAGGGUGGGGAACUGAUGUGUCUUGCCUCUCUGACUCCUAGGGAGAAUGGGCCAUCGGGAAAUUGGGGAGCGAGAAUCACGCGUAGAUCUUCAAGUUUUAUGUGCCUAUGCCACCACGUACAACUCCGGUAUAGGGGGAUGCAUGCCGAAAGUUCUUCUGCAUGAAGGUGGGUGAGCGUGCUCGUUACCCGCUGAGUAGCGGGGUCUUCUGUGUACCUCUCUUAUCGUGAGCACUUCGCAACUCCAGUUCGAUACUCCGCAAGGUUUCCUUGAUGCCGUGUGUCGACCUUGACGUUUCCUUCAAGAGUUUUCGUGCGUCUGUCCGGUAAUGUGUGUUCAACGCCCCCACCCGAAACUCUGGUGUGCCCCUCCGGGGCGUACACUAAAUCGCAAGUCGCUUCUUAACAGGAUUCAUUUCAAUAUAUGUCGCGUC